CACAAACUAAUCAUCUGGUACCAUCCCAUCCAGCCCAAACACAGAACCACAAUGGGUAUAAUAGGUGGCUUCCUCGGCGGUACCAUCCUCACAGGCUCAAUCGCAUACUUAGCACUCCGGCACCUAAACGCAAACACAAGAGCACACUCAACAUCGCUGCGCGAAUCUCGCCAGAUUGCAGACUCGAUACUCCUCCCCAAACAGGUUCCCAAGAACCGGGACCCUACGCUCGAGCGACCUAGCUUUGUCGAGACCUUGAAGGAUACGUGGAAUUGGGAGAUCGAGAAGAUUGUUCGCAGGGUGCAGGGGUGGGAUUUGAGGAGCACACGGGAGGGGGUGGAGGAUACGAUUGGGAAUGUGGUGGAGAAGUUGAAGGGGUAGUUUUGACUGACCUGCGGGGUUGAUAUCCUAUGGAUUGUGCGAGAGGGUGCACGGUCGGGAUGGGUGGGGGCCGUCGGGUAUCUGGAUCGGGGGUGUUGAUGUGACUGUAAUGUUUCUUAGUGGCCGGAUCUGUACAUACACUUUUUUAUUCUUGUUUUACCCUUUAGAUGGCGAAUAUCCGCCCGUCGGCAAAAGCAAAUGCCUAGCUCACGAUAAGAUGCUUCCUUCUCUUGCUAGAGCGUACCUGCGCUGCAACGCUCUCACAAAGGGCUUUUGGGAAAUGGGGCCGGAUCGUAUGCCAUCAAUAAAAUAAAUAUAAAAAGAUAGAAACCAAAA